AUGGAGAGUAAAAUAAACGGCAAGAUGAACACCAUCAGCACUUCGAUCGCUGAUUCUACUGAUACACGAAUAAGUGACCUGAUGGAAGCCGGAUACAGUAAGUCUAACGCUAAAUUAUCCGCGUCCUCGUCUGUGCGUAAUUUUGGAAACGCAGGCACAAUGAUCCACGGGCUAAGUUCAAGCAACGACUGCGCAGUUUUCAAAGACUGCACCGGUCUGGAUGCAUCACUUCCUCCAAAAUAUUUUUAUGACCGCGGCAAUGAUUAUUUCAAGAGUGACGGCGUCCAGUGGGAAGAUUUAGUGAAAGUUCAGAGGGCGAACGUGGCCACAUCUGAAAGUUUACCAGGCGCGAGUUUGAGCCUCUCUUCAACAACCGGAGCUUGUAAGUUCAUCAAGGAUGAAAAGGAGCCGUCUGUGAUUAUGGAUACCCCCUGUCCAAACUUUGAUCCCUCGUCUGAGUUAUCUGCUCUUGACACCUGCUGCGGCACCGAGAGGAAGCAGCAGCAGCUGGGACUGAGCGAACUGGAGCCCACAAGCUUCACGGCGACCACAGGGCUUCCCAGAUCGGGCUUUGAGGGCUCUCCAAACUUUCUUAUCGACUUGAACCAGUCAGACCACUUGGUAAACCCAGUAAGGACCGACUCCAGGUGCGCAAAGGCGGUCAUCAACUUUGACGGCAACGCGCAGGCACCCGGACAAGUGACCAUGUACAAGAGUGAGGUUCAGCGCUGGCACAUGCAAACGUCUCCAGCUGAGCCCCAGUACUGGUGCCAGUCAGCAGCCGUGGCCGAUGACCCGUUUGCACCCAUGAGCUAUGAUGGGAUCCAGAACCAGAGCCUGUCUCAGAGGAGCCUACCAACUUUCUCUGCAUUCCCAGGCAUGCCACCUCAAAGACAGUGUGUGAUCUGUGGCGACGAGGCUUCUGGCUGCCACUAUGGAGUCUUAACCUGCGGGAGCUGUAAAGUCUUUUUUAAAAGAGCAGUUGAAGGUCAUCACAGCUACCUCUGCGCGGGACGGAACGACUGCAUUGUGGACAAGAUUCGGAGGAAAAAUUGCCCGGCGUGUCGCCUCCGAAAGUGCUACCAAGCGGGAAUGAUGCUCGGCGGCAGGAAGCUGAAGCGUUUCGGGGCCUUGAAAGCCUUGGGUUUGGCCCCGUCCCUGAUGUUCCAGUCCCAUUUGGCCAUGUCCAGCGACAAUCAGGCCUUGACCAGCAUGGCUUGCAUACCAGGCAUCCAUGAGAUUCAGCUCUCCCAACAAAUGAUCAACAUCCUGGAAAACAUUGAACCAGAAAUCGUGUACUCCGGCUAUGACAACUCUCAGCCCGACGUUCCCCAUCUUUUGCUCAACAGCCUCAACAGGCUGUGCGAGAAACAGCUGCUCUGGAUCGUCAAAUGGUCCAAGUCCCUGCCAGGGUUUCGUAAUCUUCACAUCACUGAUCAGAUGACUCUCAUCCAGUACUCGUGGAUGAACCUCAUGGUGUUCUCACUCGGCUGGCGCUCCUUUCAGAAUGUCACCAGUGAAUAUUUAUACUUUGCACCUGAUCUGGUCCUCAGCCAGGAGCAAAUGAGGAGAUCUCCGAUUUACGACCUCUGCCUGGCCAUACAGUUUAUUCCUCAGGAGUUUGCAAAUCUUCAAGUUACCCGUGAGGAGUUUCUCUGCAUGAAAGCCAUAAUACUACUCAACACAGUGCCUCUUGAAGGACUCAAAAGUCAGCCAGCCUUUGAGGAAAUGAGACAAAACUACAUUCGGGAGCUGAGCAAGGCUAUCCAGAUGAAGGAGAAGGGCGUGGUGGCCAGCUCCCAGCGCUUCUACCGCCUCACCAAGCUGAUGGACGCCAUGCACGAUAUAGUGAAGAAGGUCAACCUGUUCUGUCUGAGUACCUUCAUCCAGGCCGAUGCCAUGAAGGUGGAGUUUCCAGAGAUGAUGUCGGAGGUCAUUGCCUCCCAGCUUCCCAAGGUCCUGGCCGGCAUGGUGAGGCCCCUCUUAUUCCACACCAAGUGA